AUGUCUUGGUGGGGCUGGAGCUCGUGGAGCUGGAGCCAGUCCGACGACUGGGACUGGCAGCAGAACAGAUGGUGGUGGGAAGGUUACCAAGCUGCCCUUGAUGAAAGGGCGGCUUGGUUGUGGCAGGAGGAGGAGGACCGGAGGACGGCUCAGUGGUACCAGGAGGAGGAAGACCGAAAGUGGUGGCAGGAGGAGGAAGGGAGCAAAGCUGCCCUUGCUGAAAGGGCACUGCAGGAGGGGGUUAUAGGAAGGGUGCCGCCGGAGGUGAUAGGAGGUGGCACCGGCAGCAAGAAGAAAAAAAGAAACAACAAGGGCCGUGUUGCAGGCUCCGGCACGGUCAGCAAUGCCCGGAGACUGGAGUUUCAGAAAAAAGGCUUGCAAAGAAGGCUGGAGCGGGAGGAGGCAGAGAGGAAAGCUCAAGAGGAGGCGGAGGAAGAGGAGGGAGACGACGACGGAGACGACGACGACAAGAAGGAAAAGAAGAAAGUCACCCUUGUUGAAAGGGCGGCUCGACAGGCUCGAGAGUUCGGGCCAAGCGAGAAGCAGAACGAGAAGGAGGCUGCUGUCCUGGGCAGUGGCGACGUCGACAGGUCGUCCAGCUCCAGCAGCAGUCUGCUGGACACCACCCUUGAUAAAAGGGAGAAGAAGAAGGCCAAGACCCCAGACGAAGCAGCUUCUGAGAGGGCUGAAGAGCUGAAGGCUGCCCUUGCUGAAAGGGCCCCUGCUGCUUUCUCGAAGUCUCCAAGGGGCAGUGUGGCUCUGGCUGUGAAGACAAAGAAGGAGGAGGAGGAGGCUGCCCUUGCUGAAAGGGCGGCCCGAAGGCAGAAAAAGUUCCAAGAGUCCAAGACUGGACUCUACUUGGACGACGAAGAGGAAAAGGAGGAGGACAAAGUCAAAGAGGAGAAGGAGUCGCCGCCUGGCUCUGUCACGGUGGACUCGGUGACAAGUGCCUCGGUGCCGGACCAUGCCUCGAUGGAGGCCUCCUCGGCGGCUCGGUCUAGGGGCCACGGAGAGUCCUUGGGCAAAGGACCGCAGACGUGGCAGGUGAAGUUUCCGGCCGCCCUUGGUAAAAGGGUGGCCAUCGACUUCCACCACGUCUUGGAGGUCGAAGAGAAUAUCUCGGCGGUGCAAGCCUUGCGAGAAAGUGGCUACUGGGUCUGCCUGCUCUCCUACUCCGGUCGCGACAGAGAGGCGGAGACCCGGCGGACCCUGAAGGCCCUGGAGGAGCAGCACGGCCUGGUCUUUGACGACAAGAGGUUCGUGAGGGCCCACCUUGGUAAAAGGGGGAAAGCACAGCUGUGCAAGACCCUCGCGAUCACGGACCUCUUCGAUGAUCGCGACGACAUCUUGUGGGAGGCUUCGACUUUGGGCAUUACGGACUGGGCGAUACGUAAGGCCCGGCAGCACCACUACGGCCAUGCAAGGGCCUACAACACCCUCGCCGAUGCCGUGGAGGCUUUCUUGGAAAGCAAGCAAGACAAGUGA